UACACCAAACGAACCUAGUUGACUUGACUAUAGUGCCAAUGUUAUUCAUUUAUUCCUCUCUGGCAUUCACUAGUAUUUCUCUUUUUCUCUCUCCCUCUUUCUUAUCUUUUUUUCUCUCCAAGUACUAAAUAAAAUUCAUGAUUGUAAGCCCUUAAUUUCUCUCUUCCACGCACCGACGCCAACGAACCACUAGAGGAUCUUUCUAGCGCCACAUGUACAUACCGGAAUGGUGAAUGAAUUGACGACAAGUGUUGAUUUUGAGAAAUUCUCAUGGAAAAUUGAGGAUUUCUCAAAACAAAACGUCAUGAAAUUGCGUUCAAAGCCUUUCAAAAUCCGCGGUUGUACAUGGAGGAUCCUUGUGUAUCCACUGAGGAGGGAUGUGAACCAUUUUUCAGUGUAUUUGAUGGUUGCUGAUUCUUUACCACCGUACGGAUGGAGCAGAAACACGUUUUUCAAGUUAGCUCUAAUUAAUCAGGUGGAUAGGAGCAAGUCCAUUGCAAAAGAGACACGCCAAAAGUUCAAUGGAGGAUAUCGUUGCUGGGGUUCAUUUUUCUUGAAUCUUAGUGAUUUCAACCACCCAAAACAAGGGUAUCUUGUGAGGAACAAGUGCAUAAUCGAAGCUCACAUUUGUGUCUCCGAUUUAUCACCUAAGAUUCAAGUCCACCCAAAUAGUUCUCCAAUAUUUCAUGACUCUCUAAGAUGUGGUCAGGCAACAGAAUCAUCCUCAGAUGAUAGGGAUACCAUUAGUCCAAGAACCUCAGGAUCUAGUACUGGAGCAGAAGGUGAAACUCAUCAUCAAGGCUUAAAUAUUAAUUUGAUACUAAGAGAAGUACUCGUAGAUUUUGAGAGUUUAGGAGCAGAAGAAGAAGCUUUCAUUCCACUCUUGGAAGAGGUUUGCAUUUGGCACCCUAAUCUGAUACAGUGCCAAAGGGAAAGGACUAGAAGGUUUAGACAAUGGGCCUUUACUUCUUUGGGCCAUGUUUUGCAUUUUCUCAAGACCAAAAGGGUUAAAGAUAUCAAUGAAGAGGACAUAAAGUACCUUCAUGGUUUGUGGAAGGAACUUGUCAAGUCCUCAGGGUUUGACCUAACUUGGCUGGAGCCAUAUGUUCAAUCAGCAUUGGGUUUGAGGGCUUAUAUGGAAAGAGCAAACCAAUUGAAGAAACUUAAGGACAAGGUGGUUGCUUUGGAGAUUAACAUGAAGAGGCUCAGAGGGGAACUUGCUGCUGCUGAAGGAGAGUUUGAAGUGGCAAGGAGUGGCUUUUCUGAAGUGAGAAGAGGCUUCAAUGAGAUGGAUGUAAAUGCUGCAAUUGGUUAUGCUAUGUUUUAAUCAUCCAAUUGUUUUCAUGUAUGGUACGUCAAAGAGCAUGCACAAAGUUUUCAUAUCUGUACAAACUGAAACAGUAGUUGAUUUGUUUUUUGUUAAGAUAUAAAUUUUAAUGUAGAUGUACAUUAAUUUGGUUCUAAUAAGAUAAGGUUAGUUAAGUUUUGUUUAAAA